AUGGCCCGUGCUAGAGCAGCAGGAGCGUACCUGUGCCUCCUCAUCGUCUUCGCUGCCAUCUCUUCUUCCUCGUGCUCGUACCAGGUGCAGGACCUGAAAGACGACAUAAUGCACAACUGUAAGCAUAACAUAGCGAAAAAUAUCGGUCAACCUUGGAAGCCCAAACAUGGCGGCCCGUGCUGCGUGAAGGUGAGAGAGGCGAACGUCGCAGACAUCUGCGCAGAGUUUACACAGGAGGAGAAGGAGAAAAUCGAGCUAUGGAAGUGGGCUAUUGUUGCAAAAAAAUGUGGGAACGCCCUGGCCACAGGGUCUAAUUGCGCUGGUUACAUCGUUCCAGCGCCUGAGCCUGAGCCUCAGCAUCAGUAG